CUCGCCAUCUAUACGCCAAUGGUUCGUGUACACUGCACUUCUCCAUUAUGCAUCUCCGGUACACGUGACGUUGAUUGGCGUGGUCUCCAUGGCAACAUACAGUCAUCCCGUCCAAUCGAAGGAGACGUACACCGCAGCAAAUCAGCUCGGGUUACAAGGAGUGGCGGGUGUGACGUGUGGGACUGAUGAUACACAGUGACACCCUAUCCGUAUACACUGGUGACUGACUGUGCUCCGCCCAAAGUGUUUAAGCGCUAAUGGUGUUGUAGAGUUUAUGGCGCGCUCGUAAAAGCAGAUCAGGAAUCGCCUCACUUACCACAGAGCAUGAGAGAUCUGGACUAGCUAGUGCAGUAUCAGAAGCAGAGCUGGCUACCUACACGUCUUCGCCUGAUUGUCUGUGACCAAAGAUACCCAUUGUGUGUGGGGACCAUGGCAUUGGGACUCGGUCCCGCUACCGUAAGCAUUCCCACUUACAAUCCCAUGUUCGUCUUGCCCACCCUGAAUUUUACCGUUAACCAAGUGGCCGCCGUUUGUGAGACUUUAGAGGAAAGUGGUGACAUCGAGAGGUUGGGUAGAUUCCUAUGGUCUCUACCGGUGGCACAUCCGAACUGUGCAGAACUUAACAAGAACGAAAGCGUACUGCGUGCCAGAGCGUUGGUGGCAUUCCACACCGGAAAUUUUCGAGAACUUUAUCACAUUUUGGAAAACCACCGAUUCACCAAGGCCUCGCAUGCCAAGCUACAGGCCAUGUGGCUAGAGGCCCACUAUCAAGAGGCCGAAAAACUUAGAGGGAGGCCCCUGGGACCGGUCGACAAGUAUAGGGUACGGAAGAAAUAUCCACUACCCAGAACCAUUUGGGACGGAGAACAGAAGACUCAUUGUUUUAAGGAGAGAACGAGGAGUUUGCUACGCGAAUGGUAUCUUCAGGACCCUUAUCCAAACCCGACUAAAAAAAGAGAACUAGCUCAGGCCACUGGACUUACACCAACUCAAGUCGGUAACUGGUUUAAGAAUAGAAGGCAACGGGACAGAGCGGCUGCUGCUAAAAAUAGAAUUCUACAACAACAGAUGCAACAGCAGCACCUAAAACAGCAGUCGACAAGCGGAGGAAGCGGAAGUCACAGUACCAGAGCCAGUAGCACGAGCAGCAGCGGUGGAAGUGGCAACGUGACUUCGGACCACCAUCAAUUAGUAGGACGGAGGGUACCAGUGGAGGAAAACGACAACACCAACGGAAGUUUCGGUAGUUACGGAGACAGCAGUGCUGCACCCAGUAGUCCUGCAGCAGUAUCGACGACAUCCGAGUCCAGUCGCAGCCCCUCGCCUCGACCACACCACAGUCAACAACAACAGUGAUAGAACAGUGGACCCUUAUUUAUAAAUAGCCUGCAACACAGAUCGGCCGUUGCAACAGCGGCACGUGCAUCUGUGUGUACUAUAUAUAUAGUUAUAUAUAUAUACACUAUAUAUAAAACACUUCCUCAAGGGACUGUUAAGUUUGUUUGUUCGUUCGUCUCAUGUAACGUACGUUGCACAGAGGGUUUCGGAGCCAUUUUGUACGCCUACUCACCAAAAUUUUCCACCUGUAUCGAGGUAGAUAAUCCCCCUCUACCUUUUUAGCAGGAGUUAGCUCGCCUCUUCAAUAGAAUCAAUGGGCUAAGCUCAUUCCAAGUAGGCCUUUAAACAACGCUGCAACCUUUAAAAGUAGAACAGGGUAUAUCAGUUUUUUCUAUUGUUUACUUUUUUUUUUGUGUGUGUCUCCACUUUAAGGACUGUCAUUCUGUGUUUUGAAGGCCUCACGAGGUGUCUGCGAAUCACUUUUAAGCGAUCGUGCCCGGCCGAAUUGGACGUGACGGCUGCUAAAAUUAAAAAAAAAAGGGCCCCCACUUCGUGCACCAUUUCUUAAUCACUUUAUGCCCUCAUAACAGCACAUAUAAUGUAUAAGGCCCGAUUUGUAAGGCUGUGGCACGAUCCUAAAUUUGUUUUCUCAUCAGUUAUAACUAGUCAAAAACUCUCGAGAGGGGAGUCAUUUAAGAAUUUAUUUAGAUUCUACUAUAUUUAACAAUUUUUUUUUUAGAUUUUACAUUAUAAAACUAUAAUUAACAGCCUUCUAAUCAUCUACAACGUGCAUAUUAAGGCUUGUACAGCGGGAACUGAUAAGCCUGGAGCCUUUUAAUUUAUCGAAUUUUUAUUUAAAUUAUAUUAGGCCUCAUAUAUUAUUAAAAAAAGGAAAAAAAUCAUGCAAAUUCCCAACUUAGUGGAAGGAAAGAAAUCACUAUAACCAUGGUUAAUUUCUUUGUAUAUAGUUUCAAAAACCCAAAGCACGUUGCAGCGUACCGUAAAUUCUGGUUUAUAAAUAUUAUAAAUAGUCAAUUAUACAUUUAUUUGUAAGCCUCAUAAAGAAAAUAAAAUCGUGCCGAGACUUCUGUGCACUCAACAAAACUUUUUUCAAGAGGUCUGUAUGUCAUUAGCACCAGACUAUUUACUUUCUUGUUCAAAAUGCUUCUAUGAAUAAA